GCAGUGGCGCUUGUUCUGAUCAGCUAGCUACAAACAAGGGACUGAGGGCAUCAGCUCUUCCACCCUUCUUUCUUCUUCCCUGCAGGCUCCAGCCAUGUGGCUCUACCUGGCUGCCCUCUUGGGGUUCUACUUCUUUCGCCGUUGGUACCGGGAGAGGCAGACUGUGGAGAACCUCAGAGAGAAAUAUGUCUUCAUCACUGGCUGUGAUUCCGGCUUUGGGAACAAGCUUGCCAGACAGCUGGAUGCCCGGGGCCUGCGCGUGUUGGCGGCCUGUCUCACUCAGAAGGGGGCAGAGCAGCUGGAAAAGGCCACAUCGGAGAGGCUGAAAACCACCAUUCUGGACGUCACCAGCACAGAGAAUGUUGCGGCAGCAACCGAGUGGACGAAAUCAUGCAUAGGGAACAAAGGUCUCUGGGGCUUGGUAAAUAAUGCAGGCAUAGGUGUCCCAAUAUCUCUCAAUGAAUGGCUGACCAAGGACGACUUUGCAAAGGUGAUCAACGUCAACCUGCUUGGGUUGAUUGACGUGACUCUGCACCUGCUGCCCCUGGUGAGACAAGCCGGAGGGAGGGUGGUCAACAUAGCCAGUGCAUUGGGAAGACUGGCAAUGUUUGGAGGAGGAUACUGCCCAGCCAAGUAUGGAGUGGAAGCCUUCUCUGACAGUCUGAGGCGUGAGCUCCUUCCAUUUGGCGUCCAAGUCAGCAUUGUUGAGCCUGGUUGUUUCAAUACACCCAUUGUGCAAAAGGUAGCAGAGGACUUCAACACUGUGUGGAACCGGUUGCCUUCUGACAUCAGAGAGACCUAUGGGCAACAGUACUUUGAUGAUGUUUUGAAAAUGUCAAAAAACCUCAUCAACAGAGCCAGCAAGGACCUCCACCUGGUCACUGACUGCAUAGAACAUGCCCUGACGUCCUGCUACCCUCGCACUCGCUACUCUGCAGGCUGGGGUGCAAAGCUCUUCCACAUUCCUGUCUCAUACUUGCCAACUGCAGUGGCAGACUAUGUGUUGACCCGCUCUGGGAUCAAGCCAGCACAGGCAGUGUAG